AUGAGUAUAACAAUUCAGCUGGAAGAUUUUCAAAGCUGGUCAGAAGUUUUUCAAGAAAUAGAAAGACAAAGCAACAUGAGGUUAUUUGAGAUCAUAAAGCCUAACCUAUCUGCUAUCCGCUACAGAGAGAAAAGAGGAUCAAUCUUGGGGGUGAAUGAGGGACGUCGAAGAUUUAGUGAAAGAGAAAAUAGAGGCCACAUCCCAAGAGAAGAACACCCGCGUGUACGGCUUAGAAGCUCACCAUGUACCACGAUCAGUGAAAUGAACACUGAUAAUCUCGAAAAUCUACAGCAAGAUCCUCGAUUCACAGAUGCAGCAAGAAUGCUGAGUAAGGAGGAAAUGGCGUUAUUAUAUCAAGACAUUGUUAAGCCUGUGGAUGUCUAUUCUAUUUUGAUAGAAAAACGGAAAGAGAUGAGUGAAAGAAAAUGA